CGGGUGCCUGCCCCCCGGCAUGGCUUUAGCCGACUGGCCUGCGCCGUGGCUGUGGGUCGCCGGCUUCGGGCUGCUGCUCCUCGUCCUUGUCCUGCUCGUGAGCCCCCGCGGCUGCCGCGCUCCGCGGAACCUCCGCGGCCUGCUCAUGGCGCGCAGUGAGCGGCUGCUCUUCCGAAUCGGGUACAGCCUGUAUACGCGCACCUGGCUCGGAUACCUCUUCUACCGACAGCAGCUGCGCAGGGCUCGGAAUCGCUACCCCAAGGGCCACUCCAAAACCCAGGCCCGCCUCUUCAAUGGAGUGAAGGUGCUUCCCAUCCCGGUCCUCUCAGACAACUACAGCUACCUCAUCAUUGACACCCAAGCCCGGCUGGCUGUGGCAGUGGACCCUUCAGACCCUCGGGCUGUACAGGCUUCCAUUGAAAAGGAGGGCGUUACCUUGGUUGCCAUUCUCUGCACCCACAAGCACUGGGACCACAGUGGAGGGAACCGUGACCUCAGCAGGCGGCACCGGGACUGCCGGGUAUACGGGAGCCCUCAGGAUGGCAUCCCCUACCUCACCCAUCCCCUGUGUCAUCAAGAUGUAGUCAGUGUGGGGCAGCUUCAGAUUCGGGCUCUGGCCACCCCAGGCCACACGCAAGGCCAUCUGGUCUACCUGCUGGACGGGGAGCCCUAUAAGGGCCCCUCUUGCCUCUUCUCAGGAGACCUGCUCUUCCUCUCUGGCUGUGGACGUACCUUCGAGGGCACUGCGGAGACCAUGCUGAGCUCACUGGACACUGUGCUGGGGCUAGGGGACGACACCCUGCUGUGGCCUGGUCACGAGUAUGCGGAGGAGAACCUCGGCUUUGCGGGUGUGGUGGAGCCGGAGAACCUGGCCCGGGAAAGGAAGAUGCAAUGGGUGCAGAGGCAGCGGAUGGAGCGCAAGAGCACGUGCCCGUCCACCCUGGGGGAGGAGCGCUCCUACAACCCGUUCCUGAGGACCCACUGCCAGGCGCUGCAGGAGGCUCUGGGGCCAGGCCUGGGCCCCACUGAGGACGAUUGCUUCUCCCGGGCCCAGCUCCUGGAAGAGCUCCGCCGGCUGAAGGACAUGCACAAGAGCAAGUGAUGCCCCCACCCCAGCCAGCCCGACCCCAAGGUGGGGAGACCGCCCACCUCCCGCACCACACCGUCUAUCUCAUUUCUACCACCGUCACCUCCAUCUGUGCCCACAGCGGCCAUCCUUCCCCCACACUGGUCGGGGGAGGGGAGGGACAAGGCCAUGCGACUUGAGAAAGGGGACAAGUGGAAGCUUCAGAGACCCCAGGGAGUGAGGCUCUUAGGAGGGGCAGGAGAGAGAGGCCUCGGGACAUCUCCAGAGCCUGCUAACUGGGAUGGUCCCCUGCUCGCUUCCCUUGCUCCUGAGACUACAGUGAGGACAUUAUGGAGGCUGCUAUGACCACCUCCCUCAGACAGGAGGUCACCCUCAGGCUGUACCCCCGAACCCAGGGCAGCAGGAGCCAUAAGGGGAUUAAGUCCAUCUUCCCCUUUCCCCCUUCCAGGUGGAAAAAUGUCAGCCCCCCAAAGUGGCCUAAGGUGUGGUGCCUUGGAAAAGUGAUGGCUCAGGUGGCGAGCGAGCCCUGGUUUACUGAGACACUGCCCCUCCCCUCGCCCGGCCUCCCUGCCCCUGCCCCUCCCCCUCUGUCGCGCGCGCAGGCAUCUUGCAGACUGAGCCAUUCCUCCGGAAGUCUGAGCCACGCCAUUCUUAGGUAGGCCCCGCCCCCAAGCCCUCCGGCCAAUCCCCUGCAGCCUGGAAGAGGGCGGGUCCUCGUUGCCAAGGAAACCUGGCCCUGAGGCUAAGGCGACACCUAAAGCCGGUUGUGGAGGCCCACGAGCAGUCUUGCGGGUCACAUGUUCGUCCAGCACAGGGGGCCCUCUGCCCUUGCCCUGGGCCAAAGAGCACCUCCGUCCGGGAGGGAGAGAGAGCCAUGGUCGGUCUCGUGUUCCUCACUUUCGGUCCUUAUUUUCAGAGUUUUUGCUCUGGUUAAGAGCUACGUCUGCUAAGCAAAAGGUCGACAGUUCUAAUCCACCAGGCGCUCCUUAGAAACUCUAUGGGGCAGUUCUCCUCUGUCCUAUAGGGUCACUAUGAGUCGGAAUGGACUCGACGGCAGUCAGUUAACUUCAUUCCUCCUGCUUUACCCUCAACCCCUAUUCUCUUUCAGUUGGUAAAGGUUUAUUUUUAGGCCUCGAAAUUCAUCUGGUCCCUUUGCAGUUUGCCAAGAACGUUCCCAUGUGGUUUCUCCUUUGAUCCUGGGCCCCACGGGGGAGGGACAGGGCCUGCGCCUCCACAGCAAAGAGCAGAAAUGAAGUCUGGGAUCAGAGAGCUCGAGUGAAAUGCAUCUUCCAGGACCCCAGGCCUGGGCCCUGCAUCUGCUCACCCCAUUCCGCAGUUCAGUUUCUCCUCGGGUCUCGGGUCCAGGUCUAUUUGGGGGCCACAGUGGUCCUGAGCAGCCCGAAGCCUUCUCUUCUCGUGUGGAAGCCUUCCCUUGGGCUGUGCUCGCCUCUGGUUAUCCUCCAAGGUGGCCCCUGCUCUCAGUUUCCCCUCAUCUUCCCAUCUCUGCCUCCCUCUCCAGCCACGGUCUCUGGUACCAACUCUAGCAAUACCGUCAGACUAGUUAGAAUCCCCCGCCCCCAACACAACGGUAUCCUGCCUCGGUGCCUUCGCUCAUGCUGUUUCUUCGAACUGGAACGCUUUUCUCUGCUCCCCCUGCCUUGUCUGCCUGGCAAACACCUAUUCAUCUCUCGCAAUCCCACUCAAAGGCCCCCUCCUCCAGGAGGACAACCCCAUGCCCUUCCCCCUCCAGGCUACCUCUGCACUUUGUAAAUGCUUCUCUUGUGGCAGUUAUCACACAGUACUUCACUUGUUUACAUGUUUGUUUCCCCUUCUAGACUGUGAAUCCUUAAGGGCAUGGACUGUAUCUUAUGCAUCUCUGUAUUUCUGCGCCUAGCACGGUGCC